AUGAAGAAAGUGAAGAUUCAAUGUAAUCCUGAAAAUUUUACAAAGGCAUCUACACGAUUGAAAAACGAUAGAACAUUCUGUCUGGAUGUUGUUCGUUCGAACCCUGACGUGUUUAAUAGAAUUCCAGAAGAAUAUCAGAAUGAUAAGGAAUUUAUUGUUGAAUUGAUCAACACUUCUCGGAUCGUUGUUGAUGGAAAAGUUCGAGAAGACAUAAUUCAUACAUGCAUUCCAGAAAUUUAUCAACGAAUACCGUUAACAGUUUAUGACAAAUUGCCAAUGGAGAUCAAAAAGUAG